AUGCCGAAAAAGAGAACAUGCUCCGAGAAUAUGCAAGAUGGGGGAACUAGGAAGCCUCGCAUCGAACAGAAUGAUACCGCCGGGGACGAAGAAGCUAGGAAUCAGCCCCCGGCAUGGGCCGAUAGUCGCCACAGUCUCUGCAGUGCCCUUCCCUGGUUUCGCUCCGUACAGGGAGGCUCCUAUCAGUCAAACAAGCUGUGUUAUGGUUUCCUCCUCGACCGCGAUGGCGGCCCUCGGGACUAUCUAGACGACGAAAUUGUCAUCACGCGAGUCGGAGGCGAUUGUAAGCUGGACGCAGAUGGAAACUUGAAACAGCACAGAAACCAAGACGAGAACACGCGGGUCGUGGAGUCGCUUCGUGAGAGUAUGCAGUCUGGACUUGCUGUUGGACUGAUCAUUGGUAACAAAAACACGACCAUCGCAAGAAAGUUACCACAUAGGUUCAACGUGAUGGCAUGGUUUCGUGUGGUUGAUGUCUGGUUUGAGAAGACUAGUAACAACAAGACUGGAGCACGCGUCCGAUUUCAGAAGCUCGAUCUCGAACAACCCAGUUGGCCCAACGGUCCUAAUGAACUGUUCAAACGCCUUCAAGAGGUUGACCUGGGCCUUCGCCGAUACCCUGUUAGGGGGCAAUCCGCGGAUGAAAUGUUGACUGCACAUUUUGCAGUGAACUUUGGAAUGCCAUACAAGUAUGUUGUUUCAGUCGACUCAAAGGGGUUCGACGAAGCUCCUGUCGAAAUAAUGUUUGCACUUGGCCGUCUGGAUUGGGCAACCAGGGAAGCUGUUGGCGCGGGAGCGCGCAAGCCAAAUGAGCUGUUAACUGUAGGCUACUUUCAAGACAUGUCAAUGGGUUUUCACGACGAUGGUGAAGACUCGCUAGGACCUACGAUUGCAACUCUGUCUCUUGGUUCUCAGGCGACGAUGAGGUUCCGCCUCAAGAAGAAGUAUUACAAUGGCAACGCGGCAAAUGCUGCGGUCCUUCCAGGCUGUGAAUUCUUCGAAGAGCGCAAGGAGCUCAAGGAACAGCACGAAAAUGGAGAACUUGAUGAUGCUGAGUAUGUCAAUAAAUGUAUGGAAUUAACAAGCGACAUCACGCGGCGAGAAGCAAAAGAUAUGAUCGCCCUAGAAUUGCAUCACGGAGACAUGGUGGUUAUGCAUGGAUCAUUGCUGCAGAAGUACUACGAGCACUCCAUUGCGUCCGAAGGCAAGCUUCGUUAUGCCCUGACGGCUCGACACGUGCUGGAAGAGAAGGUAGAGUUGAAAGAACGCGCAAAAGGCCAGUUGAAAUUUACGGCAGAUCAAAUUUAUGAUGGGGAGUAA